AUCUUUCAUAUUCGAAUGAAUGGAACCAGUAGAACAGGUCAUACUAAUUGGUGCGCGGAAGACCACGCUCUGAAGGAAGUUGUCGUUUUCAUCCACCGCAUUAUAUGGAAGAAGAAGAAAAGGAGUCGUCCCUCGCUCUAUAAAAGCUCCGCGUCUUUGCUGCUAAGAACAUCAGUGUUGAGCAUACAGUCGGCCAUCGUCAUGAAAUUCAUUGUCCUGCUUGCUUUGACCAUUGCGUCAUCCGUUGCGGAUGCUUGGCAUCAGCCUUUUUCUUACGCUCCCAAUCCGUACAGCUACCAAAUGGUGAAUUAUCAACAGCAGCCAGCUUUUAACUACCCAAUGGCAAAUUAUCAACUUCAACCGAAUUUCAACUACCCCAUGGCGAAUUAUCAACCGGAAUACAACUACCCCAUGCAAAAUUAUCAGAGGCAGCCGGCUCAUGUCUACUACGUCCAUCACGUCAUUCCUUAUUUGCCAAAUGCCUUCGAUUUCGACCUGUCCGACGUCAAAGCCGAAACUCAAUCCAACGAUAUGGGAUUUCGGAGUGACAGCGAACAGUUGGACGAUAUGAGCGAUGACGAGCUCGACGAGAGGCUGUUUUUCCUGCAGACCAACACGCCCUACAAGAGGUUCAACAAUUUCCUUCAGACGAUGCAUAACUUGAGGAAUCAAUAUAGAAGAAGGUGGAAACAUGGACUCAGGAAGAAUCAACAAAUUGCUACUCUUAACGAUGGUCGCUAUUGAUAGAUCGAUGUUGGCUCAAAUUAUUAUGUCUAACUUAUGUCUGAUGGGAGAAUAACCUGCCAAUCGGAUCACACUA